AUGGGCGGCGCGGCGACGGUGGUGGGCGUGAAGCGGGUGAAAGAGGGAAUGCCAGAGGAGGAGUGGGACAAGUCCAUGCUCCUCCCCGGCGACAUCAUCGAGGGCGUCGCCGCAGUGGUUGCCGACGCUGACGAGGACAGCGCCACCUUCACGUCGGCCAAGGGCCGGUCCGAGCUCAGCUCACUGCUCGGCCGGCUCGGCCGCCAGUCUGGGUCGGUCUGGGUGAAGGUCCGGCGGGGGAAUGAAGUGUUCCUCCUCCGUGCCCGCGUUGCACCAGACCGCGGCUCGACGCUCCACCGCCGAUUCACCCUUUGCGCCGCCCGGGACGACCGCCACGUCGCCAAGCUCGCCGACCUCACCCUCGACCGCUGCGCCGAGCUGCAGGAAACGAGCAGAAGGGUUGUCAGUGUAGAUUUCGUUGCUUUCGACAUGAAGAAGGGGAUCAAAUAUGAUUGGAAGAAGAAGGUGGGCACCAAUUUGCCCGACCGGCACUCGACGGUCAUCAGUUCCAUCCUAUUCAAGCCCUUUCCCGACGAGCACAGCGUCGAGGCCGUCACGACGAGGUCCAUGGCCUGGUUCUCUGCCGCCGUCUCCUCCGGUGCCCCACUCAUCUUCGUCAACAUUCAAACCGAGCAAAUCGCUGUCUCAGACAAGACUGCAUCGUCUGCUGAAGGCACCAGUGGUCAGAGUUACUGGAGAGAGAGGAGCUGGUACAAGCAACAAAGCUCAAAACCAAAUAUUGAGAUGGUGCAAGGAAUCCGGUUUUGGUUCCUGCCAGGUGCUGCAGAGGUGCCAGUGGUCUUGGAGCUCAAGAUGGGCGAAACCCGUUUUGGAAUGGAUAUUAAACGGACCGAGGAGGGUUUCUUCUGCAUCAAUGCGGUGUCGAAAGGGCUCGCAGCCGACCGUGCCGGCCUUCUGAAGCUCUAUAAGGAAGCGAGCGACGCCGGGCAACUUGUUUUAAUCUGUCGGCUGGAAGGAAGAAGCCUAAUUCCAUCAGAGGUCUCGACCAAGGGGCUCAUCCGCUGCUGCGACCACGCCGAUAUCAAGAAGAGGCUUGCAGCUGCCAUUGAGCAGAUGGAGGAAGUUCAUCUUCACAUCAUGGCCUGGUCUGACCAAAAAUCUUUUACUCCCAUUCCUAGCACCAUGGGUCCUUUAACCCUUCUGCCUCAACCCACCAAUGAAUCUCGGACAGCAUCUAGCGAUGAGCUCCUGAUCACAUAA